UAAAUUGGUGAUGAGCUGCAGCUGAACUCUGCUGAACACCUCAAAAUAGUGACUCGGCCUGAAGUUGAGAAUUUCUCCGGCUGGAAAUAAAUAAAUAAAUAAAUAAAUUUUCACGAUGUCAAACGAUGGAACCAAAAAGAAAGGGAAAGCAGCAGGUGACAAAAAGACUUCGAAAAGGAAAGGAAAGAGGAGAGAAACCUAUGCUGUGUAUAUCUAUAAAGUCUUAAAGCAGGUGCACCCGGACACAGGGAUCUCGAGCAGAGCCAUGAGCAUCAUGAACUCGUUUGUGAACGACGUGUUCGAGCGCAUCGCCACCGAGGCGUCCAGACUGACGCAGUACAACAAGCGUUCGACCAUCACGAGCCGCGAGGUGCAGACCGCCGUACGCCUGCUGCUCCCCGGGGAACUCGCCAAGCACGCCGUGUCCGAGGGCACCAAAGCAGUCACCAAGUACACCAGCUCCAAGUGAGCAGGUCUUUCAGCCGGGGCUGAUUUCACUUUUGGAAAUAAAAUUGCACCAAAUCAGCAAUAAA